AUGAUAGAUCAAGAAAUUUUAUCAAAUUGGCUUUUCAGCCUUUCAACCUCAGACCCGUUUAUUCUUUCACACUCUCAAACACAAAUUAAAUGCACACUUGAGCAGCUUAUCAAUCAACCAAUUUCUGCUCAAAAUUCAGACUUCUUCAAGAGUAUGCUUGAGCUGGCAUGCCAUAGUCUUGAAGAAACUUGCUACAAAUUGAAGCUAAUCGAGUGUAUUUCACUAUUACUUGAUUACUUUUUUAUCAACUCAUUUAACAACCUGACUUUUCAUUUUGAAGAAUUUUUGAAGUUCGGCCCAAACAUUGAUAACAGAUCAGUGUGUUCAAAAGACACUGCUUCUGAUAGUGAAAGCGUACUCCUCCAUAUUUAAAACAAUCAUAAAUUCAAUAUUUAUAUAAUAAUUAAAAUAUUAUUGCAUUUUCUAUUGGAAAAGUUAGAAAACGAAGUUCAAAUAAAAAUUCAAAGUGAAGUUUUGGAAACUGGAAAAGUCUUCCAGAUGGGCGAUGCCACAAUGAAAGUCAUUGAAGCAAAAGUCGGAGAAGGAGUUAUUUUGAACUGGGAGUUGCACAAUAAGCAAUUUCAAUUCAGAGUUUUGGAUAAUGAAAAUAAAGAAUUCAAAAUUGGAAGAAGCUCAGAUUGUCAUCUAAGAUUCAAAGAUGACUUCAAAAUGUCUAAACAUCACGCUUUAAUUCGAAAAGAAAAAAGUUCGUGGGUUUUAAGAGAUCAGGGAUCAAAAAAUGGCACUUGGAGGCUAUUAGAUCAUGAAAAGAAAUUUCAGCUACAAGUUGUGUAA